GCCGAGCGGGGCGGGGCGGGCACGGCACCCCGUCAGCAGCGUAGCGGCGCGGCCCGCCAGCGCCUGGCCAUGGCGGCGGAGCCGGGCACCGCUGAGGUGCGGCCGCAACACCGCUUCGACCAGAGCAGCCUGGAGCGGUACCUGUGCAGCCACCUGCCCGGCUUCCCGCGGCGGCCCGCGGCGGCUCUGGCCGUCAGGCAGUACAGCUCAGGCCAGUCCAAUCCAACCUUUUACCUUCAGAAGGGUGUGCAGGCUUAUGUGCUCAGGAAGAAGCCCCAUGGCCCUCUUUUACCUCGAGCUCACAAGGUUGAUAGAGAAUAUCGUGUACAGAAAGCCUUGUUUUCAGCUGGAUUUCCAGUGCCUGAGCCCCUGCUGUAUUGCAGUGAUGUUUCUGUCAUUGGAACAGAAUUUUAUGUAAUGCAGCAUGUGCAGGGUCGCAUCUUCCGAGACCUCUCACUGCCUGAAGUGGGCCCAGCAGAGCGUUCUGCUUUGUAUAUCGCGAUGAUCGAAACUUUGGCCCUGUUGCACUCCUUUGAUUUACAGUCACUGGGUCUCCAAGGAUAUGGCAGAGGACCUGGAUACUGCAGAAGACAGGUAUCAACUUGGAAAAGACAGUAUGAUGCAGCUGCUCAUACAGAUAUUCCUGCCAUGAACAAGCUGGCUGAGUGGUUAGCAAACAACUUGCCAUCUGAUGAUAGUGAAGAACGCCUGAUUCAUGGGGACUUUAGAAUAGAUAACAUCAUCUUCCACCCAACAGAGGCUCGUGUUUUGGCAGUGCUGGACUGGGAACUCUCAACUGCUGGUCAUCCUCUGGCAGAUCUAGCGUAUGCCACGCUGUUCUACUUCUGGCCUGCAUCACUUAAGGACUUAGGUCACGGAACUGUCAUGGGUUUGAGAAACACCAUAGAAAGCCCUUCCUUUGAAGAACUGGUUUCCAUUUACUGCCGCUGCCGGGGAGUCAGCACUGCUUUACCCAACCUGAACUUUUUUCUUGCCUUGUCAUAUUUUAAACUAGCGUCAAUAUCCCAGGGUGUUUAUGCCAGAUAUCUCAUUGGAAAUGCUUCUGCAGAGAAUAGUCAUGAAUUUGCUAAGAUUGUGAAGCCUUUGGCAGAGAGAGGGUUAGAGCUCUCAAAAAGGUCGUCUUUUAGCAGCACACGUGAUGGCAUUUCUGGAGAGCUCUUCCAUCAAAGUAGGAAAGGCCAGGAAAUUUUGCUGAAGGUCAAGCAGUUUAUGAAGCAGCACGUGUACCCAGCUGAGAAGGAAAUAAUAAAAUACUAUACUGAACGUGGAAACACUGAGGAAAAAUGGAAGAAGCCACCACUGCUUGAGAAACUGAAGGAAAUGGCCAAAGCAGAAGGUCUGUGGAACCUUUUUCUCCCAGAUGUCAGUGGUCUCAGCCAGCUUGACUAUGCACUAAUAGCUGAAGAGACAGGGAAAUGCUUCUUUGCUCCUGAGGUUUUCAACUGUCAUGCACCAGACACUGGAAACAUGGAAGUCCUGCACAUGUAUGGAACUGAAGAGCAGAAGAAAGAAUGGCUGGAGCCUCUCCUGGAAGGGAAGAUCAGUUCUUGCUUCUGCAUGACAGAACCCGAUGUGGCUUCGAGUGACGCCACAAAUAUGCAAUGCAGCAUCGAGCGGGAUGGAAACAGUUACGUGAUCAAUGGCAAGAAGUGGUGGAGCAGUGGUGCUGGGAACCCAAACUGCAAAGUUGCAAUUGUAAUGGGCAAAACCAAGAACUCCUCAGCAUCCAGGUACGAGCAGCACAGCAUGGUCAUUGUUCCCAUGGACACGCCGGGGCUGAGGCUGAUAAGACCCCUCUCUGUGUUUGGCUACCUGGAUGAGAUCCAUGGAGGGCACUUUGAGAUACACUUCAGCGACGUGCGCGUACCCGUCUCCAAUAUGAUACUGGCAGGUGAGGGCAGAGGGUUUGAGAUAGCUCAAGGUCGGCUUGGGCCGGGCCGUAUUCACCACUGCAUGAGGUGCCUGGGUGCGGCCGAGAGCGCGCUGCAGCUCAUGUGCCGGCGCGCGGCGCAGAGAGAGACCUUCGGGAGGAAGCUCUAUCGCCACGAAGUCGUUGCCCACUGGAUCGCGGAAUGCCGCCUCAGCAUCGAGCAGGCGCGGCUGCUGACGCUGCAAACGGCCCGCAAGAUCGACGCCGUGGGCAACAGAAGGGCAAGGAAAGAGGUGGCCAUGACCAAAGUGGUUGUCCCUCGAGCUGUGCUUAAAGUGAUUGACUGUGCAAUCCAAGUGCAUGGUGGAGCUGGAGUUUCCCAGGAUUUUCCCUUGGCUUUUAUGUUUGCGUACAUGCGGACGCUGCGCCUGGCCGACGGGCCCGACGAGGUGCACCUCUCGGCCCUGGCCCGCUGGGAGCUGCUCCAUCAGUCCAAGCAGCUGACUGCAAAGAUCUAACGUCUGGCAGUGCUGGAAGAUUCAGCAAAGGUGUCCUUCAGUGCAAGUAACAGCGGAUGAACACAGCACUUGGAUUCUAAGUGAGCAGUGCACCCUCUCUCUCUACUUGCACUUCAGAGGCAGGGGCUUGCUUUUAGAAGUUAGCAGCGUGCUGCAGAAACACCAGCCUCUGCCUGGCUUCUUUAGAACACUAAUAAAACUUUAAAGUUUAUUGCAAGCUAGGAAAAACUUUUACUUCUUAAUUAAAAACAAUUAAACACAGAGGUAAUGCCCUUCUUUUCCCUUUCCUGCUGCAGUCUGCCUCUCCUGUCCUCCCCCCUUCCUGCUCUCCCUUCCACCAAGUCCAGAUUCCAUCCUUCCCUCCCCCUCCCCGCCCGUGAGACUGGGGGCAGGUCAGGGCUUUGCUACUCAUGCUUCUGUUUUGGCUCCCAGCCCAUCUCACGUUUUUUCUCCUGUCUUCCUUUACAUCCUCACAAACCCCUUCCCAGCCCCAGCUUCUGCCAGCCCUUCAACAUGCUGUUCAGUCUGGAGAAGAGGAGAUGGAGGGAUGGUGUUAUUAACAUAUAUAAAUAGCUAAAGGGUGGGUGUCAGGAGGUUGGAACAUCCCUCUUCUAUAGUAGCCAGCAACAGGACAAGGGGUAAUGGGAUGAAGCUGGAACACAAAAAGUUCCAUUUAAACAUAAGAAAAAACUGUUUCAGUGAGGGAGCCCUGGCACAGGCUGCCCAGGGAGGGUGUG